CUAUGCAACACGUAUAUAUAAAAAGCUCGGGAAUUCAUCGCUUCUGCUAUUGGUUUUCCUCCUCAGUAUUUUGGAUUUGUUUUAUGACUCUGUUUCAUCAUUCACUCUAAGCAUUUGUCUGGGAAACACAUCUUGUACGGCGAAGUAGUUGUUUGAGGAACUACAUGCCCAAAAAAAGAAAAGGAAAGUGUGCUUGUGAGUAGCCUGAAAAGCCACAGCCACUAAAAUGGCAACAGCUGGGCCUGGAAGUGACAGCCGAAGUGAGAGCAGCAACAAUGCCUCAGGUGGAUCAGACAAAGGUGGAGAAGAUUCGACAGACAAUUCCAAUUUUGAGUGUAACAUUUGCCUCGACGCAGCAAAGGAUGCCGUCAUUUCCAUGUGUGGCCAUCUCUUCUGCUGGCCAUGUUUACACCAGUGGCUUGAGACCAGGCCAAACAACCAAACAUGUCCAGUUUGCAAUGCGGCAAUCUCGCGUGAGAAGGUAAUCCCAUUGUAUGGCAGAGGCUCUGGAAACCAACAGGACCCCAGAGACAAGCUUCCCCCUCGCCCCCCUGGUCAGAGAACAGAACCAGAGCCACAGAAUGGGUACAUGCCAGGCUUUGGUUUUGGCGGAGGAAGAGGAUUCCAGUUCCACUUUGGGAUCGGCGCUUUUCCCUUCGGCAUUUUCACGACGUUCAACAACUGGGGCGGAGGUGCAGUUCCACCAGCUCCCGGAACCCAGCAGUACCAGGAGGAGCGGUUUCUCUCUCAAGUGUUGAUGGCCAUGGCUCUGCUCGCACGCGUGCACGCAUAUAUACAUAUAUACAUCUACAUACAGAAACACACAUAUGCAUAUAUACAUAUGUAUACAUAUAUACAUCUACAUAAACACACACACACUCAUAAAUAACCAAACACAACACGUGUGUGUGUUUACAAUAUUUGGAAACUUGACAUAAAAUACCUGCCCUUGAGAAGAUAUCGUCAUUUUACUGAGACUUCAAUACUGAAUCUGGCUAAGAACUGGCUACAGGAUAUGUGUGGCGCCGUGGAGUCUUAUGACCUGUAAACAAGAAAUAAUCAAUGCAGCUGAUUCUCCUAGUAUAUGACCUUUACAUUGCUUACCAAGCUUUGAGAAGACUGAAUGCCAAGCUCUACCCACAUGUGAAUGAAGUCUACUCAUCUGGUGGCAAGAACGUCACAGACUCUGAUUGGGCACAAGCAUGCUAGCCUGAGUAUUUAACAGUUGUAUCAGAUUGAUCCCCCAACGGUUAGCAGAUUGCAAUCUACACAGCAUUCCAGGUAAGGUGCACGUUCUCAUGCUGCUGAGACGUAUCAGAGACCACCUGCUAAGGCACCAGAAACGGGAACAAUCCAAUUCACUCCUGCCAAACCCAUGCAGUCUCCAUCGACCUAAACUGCAUCAGGAAUCAGCGUAGGAGAUCCUUAUACUCAGAGAUAUUCUGUCAGAUUAUUGGCCUAGUAGCAAGCCCUUAUUCUAGCAGUGAAAGCUUGGUGAAUGGGUCUUUAUUUUAUCUUAAUUUCACAUACUGUAGCUUACCUUAUUUUCCAGGGUUGUUUAGUUUGACUGGUCUUUCUCCAUUCACACUUUUUUGUUUUUUGGUUAACUGCCGUGUACUCAAAAUGUAUAUAACAGCGUCACGCCAUUAUUCUAUUUUAUUGAUACAUCAUCAUUUAAUUAUUACCAUUCAACCAUUACCACCGUCAUAACAGUUUUAGAUAUAAUUAUCAGGUUCCCGAAAUACAUCAAUUAAACUAGUGGGUCCUCACAUUUUGUACAGUCAUGAUUACAGAAAUAAAAUCUUAUCUCUA